UUUCUGUUUAAUAAAGGUUGUGCAACGUUUUGUCGGGGCAGAUUUUCCCCUGACCCUGCAGGCACCAUCUCGUGAUCAUCCACCAUCGAGACUUUUGUUAAAAGCUACUAAGCUGGUAUAUGUGAGUUUCUUCAAAGAGAAAUCAUGAACUUCAGACUCUCAUCACUGAUCCUGCUGUUACACAUUCAAGGGUUCCUUACAUUGGAUAACUUUAAUGUAACCUGUAAUAAACAGAAUAUUUGUGCUGUGAAGGGAGGAGUGGUGUCAGUGAGGUGCGAUUACUCAAACAUCAACAUCACAACUGUGUUCUGGUUCAGUCAGAAACAGAGAACAAACUGGAGAAACAAAGAUGAACCUGAAGAUUUGACUUUAGAUUCAGAUUACUCAGGACGAGUGCAUCAGAGGAUCACUAAAGAUAACUCAAAGCUCAUAAUACAUGAUCCGAGAGAGAGAGACAGUGGAGAAUAUCAGCUCAUGUUCAUUACGAAGGAUGGAGUUAAACAUCUCAGCUCAGUCACAGUCAAUCUAACAGUCACAGUUUUACAGGUGAAGAUGAAUCCUGAAUCUACAGGACAGCGAGUAAAACUGAGCUGUGAUUCCUCCUGCCCAAAAACAUCUGAAAAUAAUUACCGCUGGUCCAAGAAUGGACAACCUUUAAAAAAUAGUCAAAGCAUAUUUGUGUCAUCCAGUGAAAACACUGACAGUUAUUCCUGCACUGAUUCUGUUUCAGAGUCCUCUUCAUCUGUGUUAGAGAAAACAUACUGGAAUUACGGUUAUCGUGGGGAAUUCAGAGAUCUACGUGAGGAUCCUCGGUUUUCUGGUCGUGUGGAGUUUGUGGGAAACACACUGAGAAUAAAAAAUGCCAGCAUGAGUGACACUGGACAUUAUCAGUUCAGCAUCAUCACUAACACAUCAGAUGUAGUUUCUGGUUCUCCUGGAGUCUAUCUUACUGUUACAGGUAACUGCUCAUAA